AUGGACGUUGACACAUCGUAUCAUGCCGUGCACGGUGAAUUCAACAGAAACGACGCUGGGCCGGAAGAAACAACAACCACACUCACAUUCGAUCCAUCCGAGGAAGGAACUUCUUCGUGCCGGCGAGCCUCUCCGUUGCGCAAUACAACAUUCACCGACGGUGGUCUUGCUACCUCACAUCCACAACACAGGAGGCAGCAAUCAACACCUACGCUGUCGCCCUUGCCCCUACGAGUUACCACGCGCACAGGGUCUCCGGUUCGUGGCCACCUGAGGCGUCAGUCGGACAUGCCGCUUACCGGUGACGGGCGGCCGACUCGCAAGGAGACCUCUCCGAGCAGGCUGGGAGGAUGGUGGAGCGGGAACUCAACACCGCCCGUUGAGGAUGCACCAUCGCCAGACACAACACCAAAGUCGAGGCGAGACAUACCUUCUAACACGUCAACACCUAGAAGCACUACCUCGACACAGCAGGCUGGCCUUGGCUUCUUCGCAUCCUCCGUUUCAGCACUGAAGACGCGCCUCACGACCAAUGCGCCCACGGCGAACUCCUGCACGGAUGAAGAGCUGGCCAGCCUCAAUAUCGAGGUCGCGUUGCAGCCUCCAGAGCAGUUCGGCGCACAUGACACGUUCUCCCCGGCCGCCUACAAGAACUUGCAGGCAAACGCCAUCGGCUUGUGCACGAAAAUGCAGAACGCCUACCGCGAACGCACUAUCUCUCUUCAAGAACUACAGGCCGAGCGAGCCGCUGAGAAGGAGGAAGCCGAAGAGACGCAUCUACGUGUUGAGAACCUUAAGAUGCAGCUCGAGCACAUGGCACGGAAAGCCGACGAGCAACAACAAUCCAUGCGGCGACUGAUGGCAGAGCUCGAGCACGAGAGGAAGAUUCGACAGGAAGAGCGGCUCGCGCGAGACAAGAUCCUCGGGGAUGGCUCCAUGGUCGGCGAAGACCUGGGCGUCGACGAGGAUGAGCGCAGGAAGUGGCGCAAGUCCGGCGGCACAGAGAGGUCGGAGGCAAGCGGAUUCGACACGGACUCCAUGGAUAGCGUGGAGAGCGAGAGUGUGUUCUCACGGAGUCGCAGCCCGACCAUCAUGACGAGUGCCACGGAGAGUCACUUCGACUUGCCAUCCAGCUCGUCCUCGAUUUACCAGGGGAAAACGUCGACGCUCAGCGUGCCGCAGAAGCCCAAGAUGGUCAGGGAGAUGAGCACGCUGCAGAAGUUGAUGAAGAACAUAUCUGGCGAGACUCUGAAAGAUGGUGGCUCUGAUGGCUGCAGGAAUUGCAGAGGUCAGGACUCCAGUGCCGCGUGGGAUACCGUUGGACUGCUGCGGGACGAGAACAGAGCCCUCAAGCAGCGGGUGGCGGAGCUCGAGAUCGCAAUCGAGGGAGUCCUCGACCUGGUCAACGGUGUCGGGGUCUAG